ACCGCGCCGCCCAACUGUCAAAACAAGCCCAGCCAGCAGCCAAAAAGCUAAAAAAAAAUUGAAACGGAUUUUUUUCUCAAAUUUUGAACAAAAUUGACGAUUUAGCAAAGUGAACGCUAAAAAUUCUUACUAAAUUUAGUGCGAAGAGAAGUGACUAAACGUGAAGUGGAUUGAGUUAAGUUAGUUUGUUGUGUUUGGAGGAUGGAUUUCGACUGGGACAACAUCAGCGUCGGCGAGCCUGGCCUCAACACUUCGGGCAGUUUUUUCUUCAGAAACGUCAAGAUGGAGCGGCAACAGCUGGAGGAUGAGGACGACGACGACGGAGUGAUUAGCUGCCAGUCCUCCGAGCCCGAUCCGUCGGUGGCAGCUGGUCCGUCGAAAUCCCGCGCCAAGCUGGACCAGGCCAAGAUCCAGCAGCAGGAGGCGUGCAACCGUGCCUACAAGUACGCCCAGGUCUACGAGAAGCACCGGAAGGCACUGCGGGAAAAGGAGGAACGCCAGCUGCAGGAGAUGAAAAAGUUCCAGGCCCGGCCGGCACCGAACUUUACCCGCAAGGAGCCGAAGGACACCGCCCAGGGUUAUGGCAAAAAGGAAAACGUUGAACCCAAAUUCACCAUCCCCGUAACUCCCAAGCAGAUGAAGCCGGAACGGCUGAAAAAGGCCGCCGACCAGUCCAAGAAGCUCCAGGACCGCACCAAACCCGCCGAACCGUCCAAGGAGUUCAAGGCGCACGACGCCCGGGUGCUAAAGGAAGCGCCCUUCCAGCCGGUCCUCGCCAAAACCGUCGUCAAGCAGGAUCCGUUUAAUUUGCGCAUGUCCGCCAGGCUCGCGGAACGACGCCAGUUUGACGAGCAACUGCAGCGGGCCAAGGAGGAGAAGGCACGCCGCGACGCGGAGGAAAAACGGCUGGCCGAGGAGCGGGAGCUCAAGUUGCUGCGCAAGCAGAAGGAGUUCAAGGCCAAUCCGAACCCGUUUAAGUGAGUUUUUUUUUGUAGAUUUCUUUUGUGUGAGUUUUUAAGCGUUCUCAAGUUUUAUGCGAAAAGGGAGUUUAUUCUCCAAUGGUAGAGUAUUAGCGACUCCAACUUUGAGAACUUUUUCUUUUUUUUUGCCUCAAUAAUCGAUAGUCAACCCACUUUUUUUAAUCCAAUAAAGUAAGGUUCGGAUUAGU